GUAACGCAACACUAUGCUAGCCGUGCCGCACACUCCGUUUAUUGUACUGCCUCCUCCCACAACUCGCCACACUUUUGCCGCGCAUUACCGCGUCUUUCAUCUGCAACUGCCGUGUUUGAUAGAUAACACACGGCAGUUUCUCCCGCUUUCCUCCGCUCCUUCCCCCACCCCUGCAGUCACCGUCUGUCCCGCUUUGGUCUUCCAAAUCCAGUCGAUCCACCACCGUUCUCUGGAAAGCGCAGCUGAAUGAACUUUUAUAAUUUCUCUCGUUCUAAGGGCGGCUACGCGCCGAUCUCUCCAGAAUUUCGUUCUGAGAGCCGCAAUCGCAGUCGUAAGAAUGUUCGCUUUUCCAGUGAAGUUCAAACGUACUCGGACGACGGCGAAGACAGCGACAGCGACUCUCCAAAGUUCGUUCAUCGCGAUCCUCGUCGGCGUGUGGAUCCGAUCAAACACAUGCUGAUGAUGAAACGUCUUCAUAAUGUUUCCCGUCGUUCCCGGCAGUUCUUCCUUCUCACCUUGUUCAUUUUUCUCGCUGCUUUCGCCUUUUUCAUUCUCAUUUCCUCUUCUCGUUAGACUGUGUGGCAUUUGUUAUAGUCGCCAAUGGCUCUACAGAUCUUCCUGGCGCUGGUAUAACGCCAUGCCAGAGCUAGAACGACUUUAAAAGAAAAAGCUUUUUGCCCCGCGUAUUGUGCUUUUCCAUCAUCACCAACAUAUAGACGAGGCUUUUUGACGCACCCCCACGUUGGGGUUCCCGGGGUACUUUAACUACUAUUGUAGUGGGGUACGCGGUUACCCCCACUCACCGCCGUUCUUGGUAAAACAAACUUUUGUCCUCGGAGAUAUUGCACAGCCCUGGUAGCCAAAAUAUAAGACUAUCUCCUCAGCUACUCCGCACGUCGAAGGACAUCAGUGUCGCGCUUUCAAUCCUUACUUGCUCAGUAUUUAAGUUAUACCGUCCCGUACCAUUCUAAUACGAAGCAAACAUUCAUUUCCUUCACUAAUCUACCUUCAGAAAACCAAGGACCACAUCCGCAAAUGCUCACGGCCCACCCACACGAGCUGUCGUCAAACCUUCGCAAAACUUUGAACCUCCCAGAUUUUCUCUCUGUAUGUAGAAAACAGUAAACGCACGCGCGCGCCAAACCAAAGGUGCAGCAUCGUAUAACUUAAUCUAAAAAUAUACCCAAGAACCAACAAUCCAACAAAAGAGAGAAAUGAAAACCAGAUUUAAAUCCCCAUAGAUACAAUAUGAAGCACCAUUCCAUAGCUUCAGUCAUAAACUCCUUGCCCUGCAACAUGCAAAUUAGUAAUGGGCAUGCAGAAC